CUCUGGGAUAUAUUACCUGGCAUAAGAGCAACUCCCUUAGGAAAUGCAUUGCAAAAUGUAUCUAACUCGGAGAAAAAGGCUUCAGCUGACCCGGAUUAUAUUUCUCCUGUCUGGGCUUUUGCUUUGCUGUAUAUACCAACUAACCGUUAGAAACAGAUUACCAGGACCCUGGCCAGAACCUCAGAUUGGAGAAAAUGCCGAAGUUGACCAUGAAGAUGCUACUGAAGGACUGGUAGUGAAACCAGGAGUAGCAGCUAAGCUGACCACCGCUGCUGUGGAAGAAAGUAUAUCAACUCAUAAAACACAUGAACCAGACACAACUGCAUCCACCGCACCUCUGAGAACAGAAAGAGCAGACACAACGGCGUUACGCCCAGUGACCACCACAAACAGGACAAUUGUCCGUUGCAUCUAUGUAGAUCCAGACCUUCCAAAGCCCACUCCAGUUCCUACUCCAGCACCUGAACCCACUCAUGCUACACCCACAAUCACCAUCUCUGACCCCGCAGAGCCCCCUCACAUAAAGGGUGAAUACCCUCAGGACAUCUUCUCCAUUGAAGAACGACGGAAAGGCUGGGUGUUUCUUCACAUCUUUGGGAUGAUAUACAUGUUUGUUUCUUUGGCCAUUGUGUGUGAUGAGUUCUUUGUCCCUACUCUUGGUGUCAUCACUAAAAAGUUGGCGAUCUCAGAUGACGUUGCUGGAGCAACAUUCAUGGCAGCUGGAGGCUCUGCUCCUGAACUCUUCACCUCCUUGAUUGGUGUAUUUAUCUCACACAGCAACGUGGGUAUUGGAACUAUCGUAGGGUCAGCUGUAUUUAACAUCCUUUUUGUAAUAGGAAUGUGUGCUUUGUUCUCCCGGGAGAUGCUCUAUCUCACAUGGUGGCCUCUCUUCAGAGACGUGUCCUUCUACAUCUUAGAUCUGAUCAUGCUCAUCAUCUUCUUCUUGGACAAUACCAUCAUGUGGUGGGAGAGCAUAAUGCUUGUAACUGGUUAUGCAGUCUAUGUCUACUUCAUGAAAUACAACGUCCAGAUUGAGCGAGCAUUCAAGUCUCAGCUCCGCAGGCACAAGAACAUCGUCAAAGUCAUCCCAGUUGAGGAGCCUGAGAAGGAAAAUGGGACAUCAGUUGAUGAUAAUUCCACUCCUGAACCAGAGGACAAGAAUCGAUUAAAGCUUAAGCCCACACUACAACGAGGGGGCAGCUCUGCAUCUCUGCAUAACAGCACCAUGAGGAACACCAUUUUCCAGCUCAUGAUUCACACACUGGAUCCUCUGGGUGAGGACUCAGUGGUAAAUGGGGGUACAAAGCCCAGCAGCUCUUUGGGAAAUAAAGUGAAGUUUAAAGACAAGGCUCAGAUUUUGAGCAACAUGGCCAGGGGGAAAGUAGAGGGCAAAGAGAAGGAAAUAUCGGGCAAAGGUGAAGAUGAUAAAACAGAGGAGACUCCAAAGGAAUCCAAAGAGCCAGCAGCCACACCAUCUAACAAGGCAGACACCAAGGAAAAGCCAGAGGGACAGAAGGAGGCAGCAGCAGGAGAAGGAGGGGGCUCAGAGGGAUCAGAAGGCUCUGAUGAUGGUGAUGAUGACAGUGAGGAAGACAGUGAUGAGGACAGUGAUGAUGAAGAUGAAGAUCAGGAAGAGAGUGGCAUGGAGGAUGAAGAUGGAGAGGAAAAUGAUGAGCCUCUGUCCUUGGAGUGGCCAGACAGCAGACGGAAACAAGCCACAUACCUGUUCCUUCUGCCCAUUGUCUUUCCUUUGUGGCUAACCGUACCGGAUGUCAGAAACCCAGCAUCCAAGAAGUAUUUUGCCAUUACCUUCCUGGGUUCUAUAGUGUGGAUUGCUAUUUUCUCCUAUCUCAUGGUGUGGUGGGCACAUCAGGUGGGUGAAACCAUUGGCAUUUCAGAGGAGAUAAUGGGUCUCACCAUUCUGGCAGCCGGUACAUCCAUCCCUGACCUAAUCACCAGUGUGAUUGUAGCUCGCAAAGGCCUGGGAGACAUGGCUGUUUCCAGCUCUGUAGGCAGCAAUAUAUUUGAUAUCACUAUGGGGUUGCCAGUGCCCUGGUUAUUGUACUCGUUUGCCAAUGGGAUGGCACCUGUGGCUGUCAGCAGCAAUGGACUUUUCUGUGCCAUCGUGCUGCUCUUUCUCAUGCUCCUCUUUGUCAUCAUCUCCAUCGCAGUCUGCAAGUGGAGAAUGAAUAAAAUGCUGGGCUUCACCAUGUUCAUGCUCUACUUUGUGUUCCUUGUGCUCAGUGUCAUGCUGGAGGACCGUAUUAUUGUCUGUCCAGUGUCAAUUUGAGUAACACCUUGCCUCCCAGUGUUUACUGGAAUGGCAAACACUCCAGCUCUAACCAGUCAUUUGUCCUGUUCUAUUUCACCCCUCCUAACCUCCAGAGGAGAUAUAACCAAUUGGAUACCUUCUUGUGCACCUGUGCAUGUGUGCCAAGACCUUUCAACAAUGUCACAUGACAAGUGAUGUAUGAUGCAGUAUUUGCAGUAAGCACUGCUGUAAUGCAGACAUUUUCUCUAUUUUCCCGAUUUCUUCAUACCUCG